GGUGGAUAUGCUAGAUCGCGGCGAUGGCGAGGGCGGCAGCGUUCUCGCGGAGGAUUCUUGAUUGUUUUGAGUGAUCUGGGGACUCGCAUUUUGAUUCUGGAGGCCAUGGAAGGCGAGGACACGACUUGCCGAUCGCUGCUGCGGGAGCUCCAGACCAUCUGGGAGGAGAUGGGGGAGAGCGACGAGGAGAGGGACAGAAUGCUGCUCCAGCUGGAGCAAGAAUGCCUGGAUGUGUACCGGCGAAAGGUGGAUCAAGCGAAUUGCGCGAGGGCUCGGCUGCACCAGCUGCUGGCGGAUUCCGAGUCGGAGCUCGCGUCGCUCCUGUCACUCCUGGGUGAUCGCCCUUGCAUGUUAGAGAAGAGGUCGGGCACUACUCUGCGAGAGCAGCUCUUGUCCGUCUCACCUCAGUUAGAAUGCUUACGUCUGAGGAAAGAGGAGCGGCUGAAGCAAUUUGAGGACGUCCAAUGCCAGAUACAAAGGCUCUCUCGGGAGAUAUCGCCGGGGACAUUGCAAGAGGCCGAGAAUGGAGCUCUUUGUUGGAAAGAUUUAUCGCUGAGAAAGCUGCAUGAGUACCAUUGCCAGCUUCAAGAGCUUCAGGAUGAAAAGAGUAGCCGGCUUCACAAAGUCUCAGAGCUUCUCGAGGUUCUGCAGGGAUAUUGCGUCCUUUUGGGGAUAGACUACACCGAGGCUGUCAAGGAAGUGCAUCCGAGCCUUUGUGAUCCAGGCCAGAGCAGAAGUAUUAGCGAUGAGACGCUAGAGAAAUUAGGCAAGGCGAUCGAGGACAUGGAGAACGAGAAAAGUGAAAGACUGCAAAAGAUUCACAAUCUUGUUGCUCUCUUACGCGAGCUGUGGAAUCUAAUGGAUACACCUUUCGAAGAAAGGCAACCAUUUCGAAAUAUCAUCCGCAAUCUUGCGGCACCAGAGCACGAUCUAGCGGAGCCUACUUCUCUUACUUUGAAAACCAUCGCACAGGCCGAAAAGGAGGUGGUUAGGCUAAAUCAGUUGAAAGUAAGCAGAAUGAAGGAACUUGUGCUGAAGAAGCAGGGAGAGUUAGAAGAAACUUGCAACAUGGCUCACCUGGACUGUGAUCCAAAUCUAACUCAAGAAAAAGUGGCAAGGUUACUGGAGUCAGGGAUAGUGGACUUGUCGGAGCUACUUGCUACAAUCGAAAGUAGUAUCGCGGAGGCGAAGGAAGAAUCACUCGGUAGACAAGAUAUAAUGGAAAGAAUGGAACGAUGGAUUAGUGCAUGUGAAGAAGAAAGUUGGCUUGAAGAAUACAAUAAGGAUGAAAGCCGCUUCAAUGCAACCAGAGGAGCACAUUUGAGUCUAAAACGUGCAGAAAGAGCUCGUGUCAUCGUGGCCAAACUCCCCAAUCUUCUUGAAUCAUUGAAGUCCAAAACGCGGUCUUGGGAGGACGAAAGAGGCAGGCCCUUCUUAUAUAACGGGAUUUCUCUACUGGCAAUUCUAGAAGAAUAUAGCUUGCUACGACGAGAGAAAGAAGAAGAAAAGCGCCGACUGAGGGAGGAGAAGAGAAUGCAGGAGCAACUGCAAACUGAGCAGGAACUGCUCUACGGCACAAAGCCGUCCAAAAAGGGACAGGUGGGACUUCGCGUGAGUGGAAACAAUGCAAACCGACGACUUUCGAUAGUCCCUGAGCCCUUACCCGCACCUAAGGCUAGCAAUCAGGGUCCUCAAAAGGGUAGCCGGGUGAAACGCUACUCUCCGAUGAUGAAUUACGUUGCCUUGCCUAAGGAUCCCGAAGCUUCUUCAAUUGGAUCAGCUCCGGAUUCUCCUGUUGCAGCAUGAAGCGGUUUUGAAAAUUAGGACGAUAAGCGGGGUUUAUACUGUAAGUAGAGUUUGUUUCUUUGCUAUCAAGGGUAAUCGCGUAUCCUUUCUCCAGUGCUCCGUGUUUUGUGUAUUGGGAAAGCGUAGGAGCGUGUGCUAUUUGUUCAAAGCUUUGAUUGGUGUAAAGCAUCGAACUAAUUGUUUCGUGUUAA